AUAUGCGAUGGUCUGGCAGCACUGUCCAUAGCGUUGUUCGACGUCAUUCUCUGUUAUCGUUGUAAUCAACAAAUAAAAGAAAAUAAAAGAAGCUAUCAGCACAACAGACUGAUCCAACGUUUUCGCUUAGUUUGUAAUCGGCACCAGACACUGCCAACUACCAAUAACAAAUGUAUAAGCUGUGACCUCGGGGCGGAGCAGGAGCAGGCACUGCCAGCUAAAUAGAAACAAAGGCCAAAACAAAGGCACCCGCACCAGCGGAAACGCAAAACGUCAUUGGCAGCCAAUUAACGGAAGGCGGAGGCGUUGCUGGUCUCCCAUUCCCCACUCCCCCUUACCACCGUAGAUGCUGGUUGGGCUCAGCGAUCAGCUUUCGCGGAUCAUGGAGAGCGUAUUCGAGGCAUAUCUGGGUCCUGACAGUGUCCUCGCCAGUGCCGUUGGCCAGGCGGUUGGCGGAGGCGAGUCGGAGGAUAUACCCAGACGGAACACAGAUGUCUGGGUGCUGGGAAAGCGUUACAAUGCCAUACAGGAACUCGAGCUCAUCCGUCGCGAUAUUCAGUCCCGUCUAUGGUGCACCUACCGAUGUGGAUUCGCGCCACUUGGAGAAGUCCAGCUCACCACCGACAAAGGCUGGGGCUGCAUGCUGCGUUGUGGCCAAAUGGUCCUCGCUCAGGCCUUGAUUGAUCUUCACCUGGGUCGCGACUGGUUUUGGACGCCGGAGUGUCGGGAUGCUACCUACCUCAAGAUUGUGAAUCGGUUCGAGGACGUUAAGAACAGUUGCUAUUCCAUACACCAAAUAGCCUUAAUGGGGGAGUCUCAAAAUAAAGCCGUAGGCGAGUGGCUUGGACCAAAUACAGUAGCCCAGAUCCUCAAAAAACUUGUGCGCUUUGAUGAUUGGUGCUCCCUGGCGGUGCAUGUUGCCAUGGACAGCACAGUGGUUCUCGACGAUAUAUAUUCUCUUUGUCGCGAGGGCGAUUCAUGGAAGCCACUUCUGCUAGUCAUACCACUGCGUUUGGGAAUCACAGAUAUCAACCCGAUGUAUGUGCCAGCCUUAAAGCGAUGCCUUGAACUCGAUAGUAGUUGCGGAAUGAUUGGCGGUCGCCCCAAUCAGGCUCUGUACUUCUUAGGUUAUGUGGACGAUGAAGUUCUUUACCUGGAUCCACACACAACACAACGAACCGGGACGGUGGGUCAGAAGACCGGCGUUGGUGAACAGGAAUACGACGAAACCUAUCAUCAAAAGCACGCUGCCCGUCUCAACUUCUCCGCAAUGGAUCCCUCCCUGGCUGUUUGUUUUCUGUGCAAGACCAGUGAUAGCUUUGAGUCCCUCCUGACAAAGUUCCGACAGGAAGUUCUCGGCUUGUGCUCCCCUGCGCUUUUUGAAAUUAGCCAGACACGGGCUGUCGAUUGGGAUACGGCGGAAGACAUUGAGUGGCCCACUAUGCCGGAUAUUGACUGGCCGGCGGGUACGUCGGAUUCCGAUUCGUUUGCCUUUGUGGAAGAGAGCGGCGACGCCGGCAGCAGCAAAAAUCCCAGUGAGAGAACCGCCGUUUGAGAGGGUCACCGGCAGCAGAAUAGGGCAGAGUGCUCCUCUCGCAACGCCUGCGCCGCACCAGAAACAGCAACAUCAACAGCAACACCGGACCAGGUAAAAGUGGAGCAUCCGUGGUCCGAGGGGUGUGAGAUGAGGACGCAAUGAGGAGGAGGAGGAGAAGGGAAGGAGUCGCCUCUGCGGAUGCUGCGAAUGCAAUAAACUAAGGCUAAAGUGCAUAAUUAGACGAGUGGUUGAGAUUUAGUUUGUAGAAUGUUUACGAUUUGUACGAAUGCAAUUGCGAUUCAUAAUGCUGCUUUAUUGUACGCGAUUGACUCCACGGGAGACAAUUGGGCAAAAAACACACACAAGACGACUAAGAGACGGACAUACAGACAGACCCACAAGCUUUUUGAUGAUCAAUUAAACAUUUUUAUGCAACGUUA